CGGAGCAGCAGUAUAAGGGCCGAGCCCAGGAGAAGGGAGGCAGGAGACAGCCACCUCCUUCUCUCGGCGCUGCGCGAAGUGCAACUUCCUCCCAGCUCCCCGGGGCAGCCGCGAUGACUGCAGCGCCCAGCGCCGCGCUCCCCAAGCCCCGCGCCAAGGAGGUGGAAGCCCCGCGGGCGGCGGUGCCCAUGCCCCGGCUCGGCCCCAAGGCAUGCCCGGUCUCCUGCACCCUGCUGACUUUCUUCCUCCUCGCCGCCUGCAGCAUCUGUGAAACGGAGCAGAAAGGCUACUGUGAGAAUAUCAUCACCAAAAAGCACCUGGAUAAGCUGCAGGAGCUGAUUGACUCUCAGAUGCUGAUGUCCUGCCAUGUCUCCUUUGAGUUCAUUGAUAAGCAGGAAUUGGGUGACCGCAUCUGCUAUGUCAAAGCGGCUUUUCCUCGGCUGGAGGACAUCCUUGACAAAAUGAAAUUCAAGGAGAACUCGGAUAAUUUUAACAAGACAAAAGACGUGCAAAACAUGUACAAGAAAAUCGACGAGAAUGAAGUUCCAUGCAUUGACGCCCAGGAUGAUCACGAGCGCGAGCUCUCCCAGGCCUGCUCCAGGGAGUUCUCCAGGCCUCCUGAGAAGAUGCUACAGCUGGUGAAGGAUUUCUUUCAAGAAGUUAUGGACCUCUUAGACAAUAAUGUGGAUUUCAAACGCGAUUGCAGCAAAACUUACCAGAAGUGCUCUGAUGCCCUGAAAAAGGAAACGCCAUCUCCAGGUGUGGUGACAGACCGUGACUGCAACUGUCCAUCCCCAAGCUCCCCUCGUGAGGGACCCCCAGCCUCUCCCCACUCAGCCUUAGACACCAAGCCCUUCCCUUCCACUGUACCCCACCUGGGCAGCAAGGAGGCAGCUGCCAGCACCCGCCUGGAACACAGCCGGCCUGGUGCCACACAAACCCCAGUCAAGUUAGACAGCAGCGCUAAGCCCAGGGUAUCCAGGAGCACGCACAGAGGCCUGGUUGCUAUGGAGAUCCAGGAGGUCUGGGCUGGCAUCUCUGCCAGUGUGUCCUCACCACCAGCAGAACUUGAGCUAGCAUCAGCAUCACAGGGACCUGGUAGUGGGUCCAUCAGCACCAAACCGCUCCUGGACCUAACCGAACCUCCCAACCAGGAGCCCCCUAGCACUGAGAACAUCUUCACCUCCCCUCCCAGCCUCCCAGCCUCUGGUGGAGAGACGCUACAGAGGGAAGAGAUCCAUCCCACCAGGACAGAGGCUGAGCGAAUCCAACCAUGGCCGACUGGGCUCAGAAAGUUCCUCCACAUGCCUGGUUUACCAGACCCAUCCCCCAGCGCGAAGCAGACCCAACCGCAGGCAGAAGAAGACGUCACCCAAGCCACCUGGACAUUCUCAGCAGCAGAGCCAAGCACCCACUGGAUGGAUCCCAGCAGUGCCGAUGCCGUGUCAAGCCCAGCUCUGACAUCCGAGGCAGCGGAGGCCUCGGGAGCAGACCCCAGUGGCCGAUUGGUGACCCCCUUGCCCAGUGAGCUGUGGCCGAGCCCCUCUCUGGGCUCCAAGGAGCCCAUCUCCGUAGUGCAACACCGGUUCUCCAGGAUGGCUGCUACCAGUGACAGAUCCCCUGCCCCAGAGACACCCCCCGGGGGGAGUCCUCGGCACCCAGCAGGGCAGGGCAAAGCCCCAGACACGCAGCGCACCACGGAGCUCCGAGGAAAGAGAACAGGGGGGCUGCUCAGGUUCAGAGAGCCCGACGACAGCCUGGCAGGGCCCAUCCCUGACCUUAACAUCCUUCCUCCGAACACAGAGCAGCGCAGGAGGAAGGCGCAGCCCAAGGAGACCCACCGGGAGGUCAUGUCCUAUGUGCUGGUGGCAAUCCUGGCGAUCGUGGCGAUCCUGCUGGCCGUCGGAGGCCUCCUCUUCUACAAGCAUAAAUCCAGGACCCAGGAGAGACGGCUGCAGCAGAGAGGGAAUGUCCUAGAAGAGCAGGAGGGAAGACCGCUGAAUGGAGUGGAGGAGCCUCUGGAGCUGCGGGUGCAGGGCGAGCUAUGAGCUGGGCCUUUCCUGUCCCAGGAAGAGCAGCGGCCUCGAACCCUCUCUUUUGUGUGGGAUCUCGGCCCCAUCUGGAGGAGAAUGUGCAGCAGCUGGACCCCUCCUCUGUCGUCCCCAGUGUCAAUGACCGUCCCUUGCUCUCGCUCUCUCUUCCACUCUGCAAGGUCGGGAGAGACUGAAAGAUCUGGAAAUGGAUGCUGUUUAUUCUUGGCACUGGAGCCCGGGUUCCGCGCUGCCCCACGCCCUGGCCAAUCCCACCCCUUGCUCUCUAGCUACUGGCAAGCCGGAGCAGCCUGCAGGAUCACCCACUGCCACCAGGAUGGACAAAGUUUGGCUCUGAUGAAGGGAGAUAAACAGUCCUGGGAAUCACGUUGUCUGAACCUCUGCAGCCUGGAAAGGGUUAGAUGGACUCUGCAGCGAGUUACGAUGGCCUGACGUUGGCUCCUUCGGGGGCUGGCUGUGACUGCCGUGGAGGGCUCGGCGAGAAGGGGCAUGCCUGGGCAGGAAUGAGAGGACUCUGCUGAGCCAGCCAGGUUGUCGUUGCUCCCUGCCUGCUCUGGGUCAGAGUUGGAUGCAGAAGGGCUGGGGACUAUGGUCUGGAGUCUCUUUCUUCCCGCUUCUUAGACCAGCUCCAUCUCGUGACGUGGCAGAGGGGAUCAGCUGCUUUUUGGAUAGGCUGCCACCUGGCCGCAAGCCAAGUCUGCCUCUAACCCCACCCCCCCAGCCUCUCACUCUGUCUGCCCCAGCACAGUGGGCUUUGGAAUGAUACCCCCUUGUGUGAUCAUCAGAUGGCCCCUUUCAGGCGUCGUUUUUAACUACAUCCACAAGCCAGUGCCGGUCCCCUCCAUGCCACGAGGCUGCUGUGUCUGGCUGUCUGGCCCCUCCUCCCCCCAUGCCCUUCGCCAGAUGCCUAUUGGCUCAGCAUAUUGACUCUGGGAUCGGUCUCUGACCUUUGGGGUUCCCACCCCUGCAAAGUAUGUCCCUGUCCUCUCUCCAGUCUGCCCCUCCAUCCCCCUGCACUCCAGUGAGAGGUCGAGGCCCUGCAAAGAGAGGAAGGAGCACCCUGACUUCUAGGGGACCCUGCUCCCUCCCAUACCCAGGACAUGCUACAGAGUGGGGAAUAGGGGUACAAAUUGAGGUCCCAGGUCCCAGCCCCCGAAGGGAAAUAAAACCUCUACACUGUGAAUUUUAACUCUCUCCUGCUUCCCCCGGAGCAGUAGGGGCUGGCUGGUGUUUGGGUUAGUCCCCACCGCUCCCUUCCCCUACUCUCAGCUGGCCGUCCAUCCUUCUUGUGCCUUCUGCCUAUCAUUCCUUCCUCCUCCCCCGUUCCCUGUCCAGGCAAUCUGUUUGGCGUGAUGUUGCUGAUGACCCUGAGCCGGCCUCAGGUUGGGAGAACUGCCUUUAUGCAUUAAUGUAUUGGAGAAAUCUCCUUCUCCUGUAAAGUAUUAUAUUGGAGGGAGCGGGCGUGACCGGCGGUGGGAACUGCAGGCGGUGGGUCACGGCCGGUGGGCGGCGUUCUAAUGCAAGCUGGCCUUGCAUUCCGGAAUGGAUGUUUAUGACUGUGCUUUAAGAGACUGAAUAGGUCUUGUUCUGUUGAGGACUUUUUAUCCCGUAACAUGGGUGCAACAGACCAACGGGCCUUUGAUCCUGUGUGUAUAUCUCAGUAGGGUCAUGUGGGAUGGAACUCAUUUAGCGAAUUACGUUGCGUGGAGAUCAUGAUGCCCCCUGGAAGUGACAGUCCUGUGCUAGCUGAUGCGGUCCAUCUAUAUAGCUCUGGUCAGGAAGUGGGACACGGGCCGAUUUCAAGCUAAUCGCAGCUAGGCUCAUCCCUGUCUUUAGUCACCUCCUGGCUCAGCUGUUAAAAUGCCGGGGAGCUUUGCCAGCCUUCCGUGCUGUCCCCAUUGUGCCGCUGAGGCUCAGAGAGGUUCAAGCCCAUACGGAGCUGAGAGCAGAUCACACAGCGAGUCAGCGUCCGAACCCAGCACAGGUCCCACAACUCCCAAGUGCUCGACCUGGUCCAGUGGGCCACUGGAGCUCCCAUUGCGCUGUUGACAUGCCCCCUUCCUAAUCUUGGCAGCCCAGUCUGCAGAGGGCUCCAGAUGGCCUCGGUCACCUCCGCUCCCUGGGAGGGGGCUGUGCCACCCACCUCUGCCAUCCCCUGCACUGGUGGCCCGUCCUGUUCAGACAUUAACCGCAUUUGACCACUCAGACCUCACAUUUGCCUCCAGCCUCUCUCUGAUCUUCGCUCUCCCCUCCAGGACCCUCCACCACUGGGGAGAAGGCGUUACUCUUCCAGCUGAUCUGCGCCCUUCCCUCACUCCAUCUGACCUCCUCCCCCCCCUCCCCCCCAGCGGCACCGUUGUCUUUCACCUGCUGCGGGCCUGCUCUGCAUCAUGUGGCAAAAGAGCCCACAUUGGGCCCGAUCCCCAGCUGGAGUAAUUCGACAGAGUUCCCAUUGCCUUCAGCGGUUUACGCCAGCUGAUUAUCUGGCCCAUGACAUCAGACUUUGCUGACACUUAGCAUCUGAUCUGAUUCUAGGGCCAAAUGCUGAGCGGGUGUAAAUCAGUCUAACUAUGGAACUCCGCUGAUUGGCCCCCAACUCUGAAGAUGGGGACGUCUCUGUUUUCAGCGAUAAAUGUUUUAUUUUUUUAAACGGUGGGAGAAAACCUAUUUAAACCCGAUUAUUUUUAAAUUAUUAAUAUUUUUCUUUAAGUAUAUUUAUUAAGUCCAAUGGCACAUUCCACUUCCAGUGCGGCAUGCGAGUGUGGUGAGAUAUACACACAGCUCAGGUGUCAAGGGCACAGAGAGUCUGCUUCAAAUCUCACGUACCCCUGUGCAAACCAGGAGUAAUUCCACUGAGUUCAGUGGAGUCAGAUUGAUUGUAAAUAGGAUCAGAAUCAUGCCUGUAAAGUCCAUCUGCUCGUCAGCCAGCCAGAUCUUGGUGUGGCAUCAGCCAACGUAUCUCUAUGGCAAGCAGUGGAUCUGCACUGAUUUACGCCAACUGAGGAUGUGGGGCUAACAAUCCAGGGUCUGACUCUGUCUACUAGAACUAUGCACCUGCCAUGUCAUGUUAUUCCACAUAUAUUAGCCGAUGGGAGAGGAGCUCCAAAGGGAGUUAUUGUUUUUAUUCCAACUGUUUGUCUCUGGUUUUUUUAUACGUCAAAAUUGUGAAUUAUUUUAUACAAAGUCAUUUAAUAAAUAACGUCUAUUUAAAAAAAAAAAGAAAACACCUUUUGUAUUUAACAAUAAUAAUAAUAAUAA